GAUGACUUGAAAACUAUCAACAUAAUGUUGUGUGAACGGGAUCAGAUGAGCAACCUUGAUCAAGUAGCAGAUACUCACGGAUACAAGUUUCCAGCAGAGCAAUACUUCUUCACAGGUAUAAUCACUACACUUGCCAAUACUACUAUGGAAAACAACAAUGAAAAACUUGUUAAUGGACUUGAACCAUCUGAAUUUGAAGAUGCCUUAAAAGGAAAUAAGAGCUUAAGUUCAUCAAACAGCAUGCAUUUAUCGAAUCCAGCAAGAACUAUGAAGCUUCAGAUUGGUUGGGGUGGAACUCAAAACUUAUCAUUUGAAAACAUGACGAAACUACUGAUUAAUGCGUCAAGGACCAAUAUAUCAGCUUCCAUUCAAGGAAAUACAGGAAAAUUUAUAGAUCUGAGCUUUAAUAAAAGAAUACUUAUUCCAUAUGGUUACUGCUACAUACUUGAAGAUUUCUCCGCUAAGAACUUUAAUUUUAAAGAUAGAGUUGUUAUAUACAUUGGCCAGGGGGACUUUGAUAUAUUUGUUACCGACACUUACCAAGAAACAUUAUAUUCCUACCCUUGGCAUACCUUCUCUAUUGAUCAGAAUCUCAUCAAGGAAACUCGUUCUUAUAGCUAUGUAUAUGAAGUAAACCUAAAGAGAAGUAUUCUGAGUGAACAUGACUCGAAAACAAAUUGUAUGAUCUAUGGGGAAGCUGACUCCAAAUAUUCCAGUUUUUCAAACUGCAUGGAAGAAGAACAGUAUAUUGAUUUUCUGGAUAUUCUUGGAUGUGUGAAUCCAUUUCUGACAACUAAUGAAUCUCGUACCUGUAAAACAACAUUUAAUCAGACAUACAUGAAAGCUUACACUGAUUAUAUCAGUAGCUAUUUGACCUUAAACAUAGCCUACAAGCAGAGUAUUACAAUACCUGAAUGUCCUUUGCCCUGCACAAGACAAGAAAUAUCAUUACGAAGGGUUCAAAAGAUCUCUUCUCCAACUUCAGCUAUAGGUCUGUUUUUCAAGAACGAAAUUAAGGUUAGCGAAGCAUAUCAAAGCUUUACUUUUAUCUCCUUGCUGGUGGAGAUAGGAAGCUCUGUUGGAUUCUAUCUUGGUCUAUCCUGUUUGUCUAUUCUGGAUCUAGUGGCUUAUUUAGGAGACCAGGGUUCAAACCUUAAGACAUUUCUCAAAUAAAAUGAGGAAUUGAGUCAUUGUCAUAAAUUCUGAUUUUCUAACCCCUAUCCCUUUAGUUUCAGCCGCCUAAUUCUGUUGCAUAAAACACGCUGGGUCUUACACAUAAUGGGUAUACAAGACGGGCUAUAUAGUGAGCUGUAUAUUUGAACUAUAUAUUUGAACUAUA